AUGCCUCCAGACACAAGAGAACCAAAGGGAAAAGCAAGUGAUACUGAAGUGGAGGUAGACACGAUAGGAAUAGAGAGCACAUUAAGCAGCGAUACUGAAACCCCAAAAGAAGAGGAAUCCCCAGAACCCCAAAUGAAGUGGAGUGAGGUGGAGGUUCCAAUGGGAGAGGAACCCAAAGUAAGACAAAGCAAGGUCGAAGUACCCAAAGAACCUGAAGUCCAAGAAAAGAGUGAAAUAUUCAUCAUACCAAAAAGACAAGAACCCUUAGUAAAGAGGAGUGAAGUAAUAAUACCAAUAAGACAAGAAUCUCAAGGAAAGAGUGAGAUGGCAGUACCCAAACAGACUCAAGCCCAAGAGAGGAAGGACGAGGCAGAAGUGCCAAAAGGACAGGAGUCCCAAAUAAAGAAGAGUGACGUAUUUGCACCAAAAGGACAGGAACCCUUAAUAAAGAAGAGUGAAGUGAAAUUCAUACUAAAAAGACAAGAGAAGAGUGAGAUGGGAAUAGCCAAACAAGCUGAGGCCCCAAAGGGGAAGAACGAGGCAGACGGACCAAAAGGACAGGAGUCUCAAAUCAACAAAAGCGAAGUUGUAGUGCCAAAAAUUCAGAGCUCCUAUGCAAGGAUUGAUACGAGAAUGUCAAAAGACCCUGAAGCCCAAGAAAAGAAGAACGAGGCACUAGUACUGAAAGGACAGGAAUCCCAAGAGAAGCAGAACGAGGCAGAAGUUGCCAAAGGACAGGAAUCCCAAGAAAAGAAGAAUGAGACAGGAGUAGCAAAAAAACAAGAAGCCCAAACAGGGGAAAAGAUUUCUAGGGAUAAAGGAAAGGAAGGCCAAAGAAAUGAGGGAGGUGUGCUGAUGAAUCUAAAUAAGGGACAGCCGUUGAAGGCAAGGGUAAUAAAGAAAAAGAUACUGCUAAAGAAUUAGAUGUAAAGGGUAAAUUUAAAAAAAAUCUCUAAUGGGCAAAAGCAAGUAAAGAAAAUAAAAAAGAAGAGCAAAUAAACCACCCAUGGAUCCUUGUAAUUCCCAUCCUCCAAAUACAAGAUACAUGCCAGCCACUGUCCACAUGGAGUCUAAUUAUAAAAUUGACGUCAUCUAAGAUCUGCAGUUGCUGCUCUUCAGAAGUUUCAUCAUUUUGAGAUACCUCAGCAACAACCCAGCUCUUAAAUGUGUGUUUUAUAAGUCACUACAUAAUAUCAUCCAAUCAAGAA